AUGCCCUCCGCCUUGAGUAGCCAGUCGAGCGGCAAGCUUGACCCGGCGCAGGAAGACAACGAACAAGCUAUCAAGACAGACGAAGAUCUACAAGGCAACCUAUUCCACCAGGUUUCAGAAUGGCUGCAGCAUGAGAAGGUCAGGCGGAGCACACGCAAGGCGCGACGAGGAGAGGGAGCUUCCAAUCCCUCGGAAGGUGCUACUGAGACUGCGGAACGGUCCUCGGGAGAGCAACAUCGCAGCUCAGAGAGUACCUUUUCACUGGACAGACUGGAGAGUAUCCUCCUCCAGUAUGCAAAUGUGGGACAUGCCGCUAUCUCUCGACAAACUGCGAAGCGGGUCCCUCGUCGCCGCCCGAAGGGUCUUCGCCGAGGUUCUGCCUCUGAAUCCGAGUAUACCGACCUUGAGGCUCCUGUGCCAGGCGUAGAUGCCUCGCUCGAUAACUCCAAGACCCUUGCCUACAGUGGUGGCGCGGGAGAGGAGGACCUCGCCGAUAGCACCUCUUCCUUGAAGGGCGCCAAAGGUCGGGAGGCCUGGAUCACCUUCAAGACUGAAAUCGUGCGCCUGGCGCAUACGCUACAACUGCGGGGUUGGCGUAAAGUCUCAAUGGAGAAUGCUGGGGAUAUCGAAGUCGUUCGCCUCAGUGGAGCUAUGACGAAUGCUAUCUACGUGGUUGGACCACCCAAGAAUCAGCCUCCUCUUACGUCCAGCAGCAGCUCUUCCAUAGUCCCAAGAAGGCCCCCACCAAAGCUUUUGCUUCGCAUCUAUGGUCCCCAGGUCGAUCACUUGAUUGAUCGAGAGAAGGAGCUGCAAAUUCUACGUCGCCUUGGCCGAAAGAACAUCGGCCCCCGUGUACUUGGAACCUUCCGCAACGGACGAUUUGAAGAAUACUUCGAGGCUCGCCCCUUGACGGCGAAGGAGUUGCGCAUUCCAGAUACGGCCAAACAAAUUGCCAAACGAAUGCGCGAAUUACACGAUGGUAUUGAACUUCUCGAAGAGGAGCGCGAAGGAGGACCGAUGGUCUUCAAGAACUGGGACAAGUGGGUGGAUCGGUGUGAAAAUGUCACAACUUGGCUGGAUAAGGAACUAGAUUCACCGCAAAACCAGACAAAGGCUGCCCUGGAACCGUGGCGCCUGCGCGGCUAUGUCUGUGGUGUGCCAUGGCCAGUGUUCCGCAAGGCCGUGGACAAUUACCGAAUCUGGUUGCUAGCUAGCUGUGGUGGGCUGAGUGAGAUUAAGCGACAGCUGGUAUUUGCUCAUAACGACACUCAAUAUGGCAAUUUGCUUCGAAUGGAGCCGGCCACACAGUCACCUCUUCUGCUCCCUGCCAACGAACACAAGCAACUCGUUGUCAUUGAUUUUGAAUAUUCUUCGGCUAACACCCCCGGGUUUGAGUUUGCCAACCACUUUACUGAGUGGUGCUACAACUACCACGACGAAGGCCGACCAUGGGCCUGUAACACCCGCUUCUACCCUAAGCCAGAGGACCAGUAUCGAUUUGUGGCGACCUAUCUGGCUCAUCACCCGAAUAUUGGCAACGGAGCUACUUCACCACAAGCAACUCCCACCAUGCGCGGUCGUAAUGCAACUGCUAUCACUCCCUUGAACCUUGAUGACUGCCCCGAGCCUAGCGGGCAGCAGAUCCAGGCCGAACGGUCUAACGAAGAGGCGAUCGACGCCGAGAUCAAGUUCCUCAUGCACCAGACUCGGUUGUGGCGCGUGAUCAACUCGGCACAGUGGGUGGCUUGGGGUAUCGUGCAGGCCAAGACACCUGGCAUGGAGGAAGAGCAAGAAGAGGACGUAAAGACGCCCACUGCCGAGGCAGAAGCUGCAGAGGAAGAAGAAGAAUUCGACUAUCUAGCUUAUUCCCAGGACAGAGCCUUGUUCUUCUGGUCUGACUUGCUAGCGUUGAAUCUGGUGAAGGCAGAUGACCUUCCACCAGCGAUGGUGGAGCACAUUAGAGCUCGAGCGGUUGAUUAUUGA